AUGCACUCAUGGUGCCGGUUUUUUUACAUUUGGAGGUAUCAAAACGAGUUGCUCCUCACCCCUCAAAAUUUCUUUUUUUUUUUUUUUUCUCACUUUCUUUCCUUUCCCGGACUUCCAUCUGUGCCUCUCUCAGAGCCUUGCUGUGCCCGGAUGGCCCACAGUAGCGCAAUGCUGCGGUCUGUGGAUGUCUGGUGGUUUUUUUAUUUGUCAAACUGCGCCUGUUUCUGUAAUGUUUCACCUCACGGCGCCUCUGACGUAUGCCUUUGGGCACGCAUGUGCAUGUAUGUAUUAAAUGUAUGUGGCUGCCCGAUAUUUACCGGAGGAAGACAAAGAAAGAGAUAUGCGGGGAGUAAAGUGAGUGAGGAUAGCAAUUCUUGCGUUUUAUCAUCUGUCUCACCCCUUCUCAUUAUUUAUUUAUUGUUUGUUUCUUCAUGCAGCUGUAUCAUGUGUGCUAUAUUGAAUAGAAUUAGAAUGUCAUUUUGCGAGAAUUGGGUAGUUCCGGGUAUAUUGGCAAAGACGAGCGGCAAAUAUGGGGGUGAAAGAAGGGGAUGA